CAAACGAGAGCCAUUUAGGAGUCUCACACGGGUGCUCAUCUGGCAGAGCUACUUUCUCAUGUUGUGGAAGAAUGGCAGCUGUCCGAUAAAUCUGUAGUGCUUGUGACCGACAACGCGUCAAACAUGAUAGUUGCAGCUCAAGUUGGAAAAUUCCCCCAUGUGAAAUGCUUCGCCCAUACACUGAAUCUUGCAUCCCAGCGAGCGUUGAAAGUGGCCACUCUCUCUAGGCUUCUUGGCAGAGUACGUCGGAUAUCCACAUUCUUUCACCGCAGCACUAGAGCAAGCCACUGUCUAAAAGAGAAACAGAAAUGUCUUGGCCUGAAGAAUCAUAAGCGGAUAACUGAUGUGGCAACAAGAUGGAACAGUGCAUACGACAUGGUCGAGAGGUUCUUGGAACAACCUGCAGUCUGUGCCACCUUGCUGUCUCCAGAAGUCAGAAGAGGAGAGUCCGAUCUCUGCACUCUAAACUAAACAGAUGUGUCAAAUGCAGAGGACGCCAAUGAAGGAUGCAACCAUGCUGAUGUCAGAAGAGCGCAAUCCAACAGUUUCUCUCAUUGCCCCUAUAAAUGCACAACUUCUCCAGAGCAUGACAGACACGAUGGGAGACACACCCAUGAUCCAUGAGAUCAAGAAUUCUAUUAGAACAGAUCUCCAGAAGAGGUACAGCAGUGAGGCCGAGAAGAAGAUCCUUCAUACAGCCUCUGCACUGGAUCCUCGCUUUAAGGGACUGCCUUUCAUCCUCACAGAUGAAGAAAGAUUGGAGAUAUUUAAAGGAGUCACUGAGGAAGCUGCAUCCUUGGAGAUUACAUCAGAUGAGAGUGAGAGGACACAAGAGGAUCAUCAAGUGCCUAGAAGAAAACGAACUCUGGAAGAAGAGGACAGUUCACCCAUCGAAGACAACCAUUCUCCACCAUCUCCUCCCAAAAAGGCCAGAUCGCUGCUCGUGAGUUUGCUGGGACAGUCUUUCACUGACACUGAAGGUACAAUAGAAUCCAAAAAGACCCCCUAUGCCAAGGCUGAAGAGGAAAUGGAAAACUAUUGUAAAGCCCCACCUCUGCCUCUCACUGAGGACCCUUUGAACUGGUGGCGUGAGCAUGAGGUCAUAUUUCCCCUCCUUUCUCGGCUGUCAAAGCAAUACUUGUGUAUCCCAGGUACAAGCGUGUCUGCAGAGCGGGUUUUCUCCACUGCAGGAGAUGUGGUAACUGCAAAAAGAAGCGCCCUCAAACCAGACCAUGUAGAUCAAUUGGUGUUCUUACAGAAAAAUCUACAUGUUCCCAAAUGCUGAGCAGUGUUUUUAAUUUUAUAGAUUUUGUUUAUAGCAUUGUCUCUGCCACUGAAAUUUUUUAUUUCUCUGUCUCCCCU